CUGCUCUGCAUUCCGGCGGAGCGCACAGAUACACACGGUCGCAGCCGAGUCCCGGGCUGAGAAACUUAUUGUAUGAACUCACAACUCAAAAUAAGACGGGAAGAAAAAAGUUGCUCCGCGCGUAUUUUCUACAGUUUUUCCUCCCUACUGUCGUUGUUGUUUCUUCCCUCUUCUUGUGGAAUGGUUUACAUUUUUUCUGGGAACUUUCAGAGAAGGUGGUUUAUGUCCGAUUUUUAAGGUAUUAACCCAAACCUAUCCCAACGCAGUAACUCCAGACUGUUGAUGCACCAUGGUGAUCCUGACAGAGAGCAGCCAGGGGGCUCAGUCCAGCUCGGCCCAGGGAAGACCCCUGCAGGUCGGCUUCUACGAGAUCAUCCGCACACUGGGGAAGGGAAACUUUGCCGUGGUGAAACUGGCCAGACAUAAAGUCACCAAGACACAGGUGGCCAUUAAAAUCAUUGAUAAGACCAGAUUGAACCCCUCCAACCUGGAGAAAAUAUACAGAGAGGUGCAGAUAAUGAAGCUGCUUAACCACCCUCAUAUCAUCAAACUCUACCAGGUCAUGGAGACCAAAGACAUGCUGUACAUUGUGACAGAGUAUGCGAAGAAUGGAGAAAUGUUUGACCACCUGAAGACAAAUGGCCGCAUGAGUGAAGAUGAGGCGCGAAAGAAGUUUUGGCAGAUUCUUACAGCUGUGGACUAUUGCCAUCAACACCACAUUGUUCACCGUGACCUUAAAACCGAGAACCUGCUGCUGGAUGCCAACAUGAACAUCAAAAUAGCUGACUUUGGAUUCGGAAACUUCUAUAAUGCAGGGGAGCCCCUGGCUACAUGGUGUGGCAGCCCGCCUUAUGCUGCCCCUGAAGUGUUUGAAGGGAAAGAGUAUGAGGGGCCUCAGCUGGACAUAUGGAGCCUUGGUGUGGUGCUUUAUGUUCUGGUCUGCGGCUCGCUUCCAUUUGAUGGACCCAGCCUUCCUGCACUGAGACAGAGAGUCACUGAGGGCCGAUUCAGAAUCCCUUUCUUCAUGUCUCAAGACUGUGAAAACCUGAUCCGUAAGAUGCUGGUGGUGGACCCGUCCCGGAGGAUCACCAUGGCCCAGAUCAAGCAGCACCGCUGGAUGCUGGCAGACCCCACAGCCGCCCACCAGACCCUCAGCCACUCCCUGACAGAGUACAACUCCAACCUGGGGGACUACAGUGAACCAGUGCUGGGCAUCAUGAACACACUGGGCAUCGACCGCCAAAAAACUAUUGAGUCUCUGCAGAGCAGCAGCUACAACCACUUUUCUGCUAUCUACUACCUGCUGCUGGAGAGAGUGAGAGAGCACCGCAGCCAGCAGCUGAGCCGCCAGCAGACCUGGAGCCAGAGACCCAGGAGCACCUCCGACUCCCCCGGCCCAGAGGCGAUCAUGGAGUCAGCUGACAGCUUUACAUCUACAGCAUUUUCCAUUCCUGCCCAAAGCACUGCUCCAGUGUACCCGGAGAUGGAGUAUGACCAAGCUGGAUUGUUUCAGCGUGUGGUGUUUCCAGUGGAGGCCAGCCUAAACCGACUGCUCUGGAACCGCUCCAUUUCCCCCAACAGCCUGCUGGAGACCAGCAUCAGUGAAGAGGUGCGACCCAGAGACCUGGAGGAAGAGGAGGCAACACAAACCUUUGCGCCUUUGCUCCCUCCCAGCACAACUUCCCGCAGACACACACUGGCUGAGGUGUCGGCCCGUUUCCACCAGUGCAACCCUCCAUGCAUCGUGGUCUGUCCUUCCGAUGGUGCCUCUUCUGACGGCUGUCUGAAGUCCUCGUCUAGUCAAGCCCACACUUUGCAGGAUGCUAUGGGUGGGAUGUCAACACUUCUGGCCUCUCGUGCUGAAAGUGGAGCCCUGCUGCCUGCUGAGACCCACCUGACCCUCUCCUCCCACCUCCUGCCCCAGGCCCAGGGCAGUCUGCCCGCUGUCAGCUUCCAGGAGGGUCGCCGAGCCUCUGACACCUCCCUCUCACAAGGCCUCAAAGCUUUCCGGCAGCAGCUGAGGAAAAACACACGCACCAAAGGGCUUCUGGGAUUAAAUAAGAUCAAAGGUCUGACGAGGCAAGUCAUUUCUCCCCCCUCCUGUAACCGCGGCAGCCGAGGGUCUCUGGGUCCGGCGCUCUCUGAACACCGCAGCAUGCUGGAGGAGGUGCUGCACCAGCAAAGGAUGCUACAGAUCCAGAUCCAACCUCAGCCUCUGGUCCAAGCUGCUCCGAUCGCAUCUACCCAGAAUCCCCUGCUGUUUCUCGCCCGGCAGCCGUCACCCUCUCCUCCACCUACUACAGUGUUUGCUUCCUCGUCCAUCUUUGACACCCCUACCCCCUCCGCCCUACCUCCUCAGCAAACGUCAGUGGGUUUAGAGCACAGUCCGUGGAAACAGAGCUUGGAGACUUCCUCCUCCGGCUGCUCCUCAUCAUCCUCCUCAGCCUGCUACGCCUCUUCUCUGUCCCCCGUGGCCUCCGCUGCUUACCUCCUUGAGGCUCGUCUGCACAUCAGCCAGCAAACCGCCCCUCCCUCCCACAUCGGCCUCCAACAGCUGCCCCAGUCGACAACACAAGGCACCUUCCCCAUCAUGUCCAAGCCAGGGGCGUGGAGCGCGGACUCGGCCUCCAGCACAGACCCGGACCAGCAGGACUCGUGUCUGUCCACCCAGCAGCAGCUCAGUAGCUGUGUGAUGGUGAAGUAAAACGAUCACGACCAGAAAUGUUUUUCUUUGUGGAAGAUAAAGAUUUGGAGCCGUAAAAAGAAAAAAAGCAGAAGUGAGGAAGAAGAACAAAAGCAGAUGCAAGCGACACAUGAACACUUUAUUUAACAACAUGCGGUACACAUGGGAGAAUGUGUAUGUUGGGUAUACUUUAAUAGCAUAUAAGCUAAAGGCUAAGCAAUAAUCAGACUCUGGACAAGGCGCUAAACCCGUAUCAGAGAGCAAGAGAAGCAAUAAUAGACUGAAAGGCAGCGCCCUGAUGAUAGUGUCACUUGAAUGAAAUGGAGUUGACGGUAGCUGAUAAAGUUGCGUCUCCCGUGCUUUGAUGCAGUUUUUCUGAGACGUGACCUUUGUUGAAUACAGGAAGGCUCCCUCUUCCUUCUUGUUUAUAGACACUUUUGUGUCAUUUCCUGUUCUCUAUGUUUUUCAAUUGACUGGACAGAAGACCAAAAUGAUUUUCUUUCCACUUUGUUCGCCUUUCUAAAGAGACAUCUCUCUGUAGCAAUUAACAUGCAGUAUAGUGUCCAAAGCUUCAUUGAAGGAGUUCAUUUGUAUUGAAACUGUGAUUUGUUUUUCUUCUGUGCAAGAUAAUUAUAGUUACGCAAAUGCUGCUUUUACCUCAAGCCGCAAAAGACUGCUACAUCCUCAUCAGCCAAAACUGAAGGACGAUGGUGUCUCACUGAUUGAGUAAAGCACAACAGGUACAUUCCUUCAGCUUGGUGGCACCCUACACAUGUGGAUACACUGAUCCGUAUUCCCUUGUUUGAUAAACACCUUCCCGUUAGAUGCUUUUACUACCUCCACAGGCAACAAAUUAGAAACCUGUAAAAAGAAUUCCCGAAGAAAAUGGUGUCAAUCCCAGUAUAUAAGAGGAAACAACAUUUUCAAAUGCACAGAACAAAGACUGUGGGAAAUGUGCAAUAUUUCACAUUGAAAUACCAAGGAAGCAUAAGGCUUUAUAUAGGAUGGUCAAAUGUACAUUUGCCUGAGGUGUUUGUGUUCUUAUUUGUAAUGUAUCUCUUUGCUGUGCUAGCUAGCUGUCUAGAACAGGUACUAUUUAUGUGACAUAAUAACAUGUUACUGUAGAAAUUGAGAGAAAAGACUCAAGGCAUUUCAAAAUGUUGUUUCUUCUCACAGCAUGCUUGUAGUUCUUUAACUGAAAGGAAGAAUUUGGGUUUUACCAAAGAGCAAACAGCACAAGAGAUAGCUGAUCUAUCAGAUACACUACUGACUACUCACUUUGAAUGCUGUCUCAAAAUGUAGCAAGGUGGUUAGCAAACAUAUUUCACAUGAUCUCCUUAGCUGUUGCCAUGGGAAAACUCUGGCUACCACCAAAUCCCGAAGCUACAAGUGCUACCUAUACCCAUAGCUUACCAUGGUGGUAUUCAUUUUUGUACUUUUCUAGAAUAGAAAAAAAAGUCAGGAUAUAGCAAUACUAUGUUGUGCUGGAAGCUGAACUUCACACAGUUUAAGGCUGAACGAGAUGUGUAAUAUUAUAAGCUUAUUAAGCCCUCUCAUAUCUGUGAAACAACUUGUAGAAGAGCAGUGUUUUUGCAAACCAAGUUCUGCUUUGGAAAAAGUGUUGAUGUUUCUAUAGAACAACUUUGGUUUAUUGCACUCACUACAAACACUUGUGCCUUUGAACAAGCUCCUGAUCUGAGGUCUUCAUCUCUGAUCGUUACAUUAAAGAAAGAAGCUUAAUGGCCCUUUUGAGACCUUCUCGGACCUCUCUCUCUCUUCUUCUGUAUCGGACCUUUGAACUUGCUGUGUAAAUAGAAGCGAAAAUUGCACUUUAUUUAUAUUUUAUUUCUCAUUACGAAAACAAUUCUUCACAAACUAUUGAAACGCUAAGACUCUUGAUGCAGUUCUCUUUUUUGAUAAAAAAAAAUAAGAUCCUAUUUCCUGGUUUGUAACUUGAUCGUGUGAGCAUGUGUGUGUGUGUGUGUGUGUGUGUGUGUGUGUGUGUGUGUGUGUGUGUGUGUGUGUGUGUGUGUGUGUGUGUGUGUGUGAGUGAGGAGGAGAGAGAAAGGAGAGAGAAUGUCAGUUCCAGAUAGAUUGUGUAUUUAUGUGGCUAUUUAUUUAAAUAAAGUUCCCUUCCUAAA